ACUGUGCUGCAGGCACUUGUGCGUGUGUCGGAAGAGGAGGAGGUCCUAGGGUCUGUGUUGACAGACUUCUGAGGCAAGAAAAAGAGGAAACUGUCUGGAAUUAUCACAGGAAACAUCAUGCAGAAACCCUGCAAAGAAAAUGAAGGGAAGCCCAAAAGCAGCGUGCCAAAGCGAGAGGAAGAACGUCCCUAUGGAGAAUUUGAGCGCCAACAGACGGAAGGGAAUUUUAGGCAAAGGCUGCUUCAGUCUCUCGAGGAAUUUAAAGAGGACAUAGACUGUAGGCAUUUUAGGGAUGAAGAGAUGACAAGAGAGGGAGAUGAGAUGGAAAGGUGUUUGGAAGAGAUAAGGGGUCUGAGAAAGAAAUUUAGAGCCCUGCAUUCUAACCACAGGCAUUCUCGGGACCGCCCGUAUCCCCUUUAAUGCCCUUCUCUUCCAAAUUCAACUAUUUCUGUUAUUAAUAUUUCCACCAUUUAUUUCUUCUUGUCUGCAUUUACCUGCCAAAUAGUUGCUAUCAUUUCACUCCAAACCUUCAAUGUUCCUUUGAUUUAAAUUUGACUCUUGUUAUCAACAUCUCAUCUUCUGACCCAAUCUCUCCCAUUUAUCAAAUAACGAACGAGAUUUCAUUCAUUUGCAUGGAAGAUGCGCAGUGUAUAUUUUAAGUGAAA